GUCAUUUCUGAUUCAGCUUUCCUGCUGCUGCUGUUUAGGCUUUGCUUGCAAUAAGACGUUUUUGAUUUCCUUUUCACUGCAAGGCUACCCAAGUCUGUGAUUUGUCUGAUUAGGGGGAUUAUUAUGGAGUAUGUUGAAGAUAUAAAGCUGUCUGAUUCUAGGAGGGUUCUGGUAGGAGCAGGUGCCCGUGCCUUGUUCUACCCUACACUUGUAUACAAUCUUGUUAGAAACAAAUUGCAGGCGGAGUUUCGGUGGUGGGAUCAGAUUCAGGAGUUUCUUUUGCUAGGUGCUGUUCCAUUUCCUAGUGAUGUCAAACGACUCAAGGACCUUGGCGUUCGUGGAGUGAUCACCCUCAAUGAGCCAUAUGAGACUUUGGUCCCUACAUCCUUAUACAAAGCUCAUGGUAUUGAUCAUUUAGUGCUUCCAACAAGGGACUACCUAUUUGCUCCAUCAAUUGAUGACAUAUGCCAAGCUGUAAACUUCAUCCAUGGGAAAACACUUCUCAAGCAGGCUACGUAUGUCCAUUGUAAAGCUGGUCGUGGACGUAGCACAACCAUUGUGAUAUGUUAUUUGGUUCAGCAUAGGCAUAUGUCCCCAGAUGUUGCCUAUGCAUUCGUAAGGUCAAUUCGGCCUAGGGUUCUCUUGGCAUCUGCUCAGCGGCAGGCAGUCCAGGAAUAUUACCAUCUGAAAGUGAAGAAAUCGCAAAUUUCAAGCAAUAUUUGGUCAGGUAGCACGAGGAUUUUGAGACCUCUGAGGUUGUUUCCGUAUGCAGAUGUGUUCACAUUUGAUGACGGUUCUGUAGUUGUGAUAACUAAAGCUGAUGUUGAUGGAUAUAAGGAUGAACGGCAUGGUUCAGAUAUGAGUUUGGUUUUCCGGGUUUCGAAGACUGCUUUGGCCACGUUUUCUAGGCUGUGGGUCAGCAGCAAGAUGUCAGGCGUUAGGCUGGUAAAUUGGAACAAAUGCUCAAAAGCCAGUGAUGAAAUGAGCAUAAACAUCCAUCUCUGUUAAAGACUGUAAAUGCAUACAAGAGGAUCCACUGGUUUGUGUACAUAUUCUUGCUUUGAUUUUUUAACAAUGAUUAGAGAAAACUUGUAAUGAAUACUAUAUGUAUAUAAGUUUGCAUAUUUGAAGUAUAUUUGUAAUUUUUCAGUUCUGAUGAUUUGUAUGUUUCAUCCUAAAA